AUGCGGCCAGUCAUGGCAAAAUGGCCCAAAAAAAGCACGUUUGGUCCCCGCGCAGCUCCAACGCUUGGAAUUCCUUCACUGGCACGAUUGGGAAAUAUGUCAAGGGAAGCACAGCUCUCAGUCGCAGAGCGCGACUUUAUUCUUGAGGCACUCCGUGAAAAUGUGCGCUUGGAUGGCCGUGGGCCUGAUCAGUUCCGUACUCUGAACCUGUCGUUCGGUGAUGAAUACGGACAUGUGAAGCUCCAAGUGGGCAAGACUAGCAUUGUUGUGCGCAUCUCCGCCGAGGUUACGAAACCUCGCGACGACCGUCCCUUCGAUGGCCUCUUUAACAUCAAUCUCGAAUUGUCCGCCAUGGGCUCACCAGCCUGGGAGAAUGGACGCUCCAACGACUUGGAAGCAUACGUCACCCACGUUCUCGACAGCGUUAUCCGGCGCUCGAAUGCCCUUGAUACCGAGUCACUUUGCAUCCUGAAAGGUGUCAGCUGCUGGAGUAUCCGCGCUGACGUACACAUCCUCGACUACGACGGCAAUUUGACCGAUGCAGCUUGCAUUGCGAUCAUGACCGGACUUCGACACUUCCGCCGGCCGGAUGCUGUGGUCAAAGACGGACAGGUCAUCGUCUAUGGCGUGGAGGAGCGAGUCCCCGUUGCGCUGAACAUCACCCACAACCCACUUUCUGUCACAUUUAAUGCCUUCAACGAGGGUAACAAUAUCAUCGUCGAUGCGACUCGCAAGGAAGAACAGGCGUCAGAAGGAGAAUUAGUGAUUGGUAUCAACAACGGAGGCGAUGUAUGCUUCCUCUCCAAGUUCUCAGGUGCACCGCUAGAUGCGAUGGAGGUGGUGACCAAGUCUAAUGUGGCCCUGGAGAAGGUCAAGGAGAUCAACACUAAGGUUGACAAGAUAAUGCAAGUCGACCUUGCCCGGCGGGCGAAGCUCGGUAUGGCAGAUGAAUCACGGGCGGAGAAUGACCGGUGA